AUGGCCUUCGAUUUCGCCUAUCCCUCGUGCGAGAUCCCCGCCAACUUCUCCUUCGACCCUUCUCUCCUCGACAUCCCCUUCAAUGCUGGCCAUGGUCGCUCCAGCUCCCGCGGCUCCGUCUACUCCAUGGCCUCCAACGCCGACUCCAUCGCCGACACGGUCAGCACCCGCAUGAGCACCCCCAGCCGUGCCUCGCCGCCGGUCCACCACCGCGGGCCCAUCCUUUUGCCCAAGAUCCGCUCCCAGGACCAGGCCCUCGAUCAGUCGCCCGCCAAGCGCCAAAAGACGGCCUCACCGCCGGCUCGUGCCAUCCCCAAGCGUGCUUCUGCCUCCGCCACCUUCCGCCCUUCCCAUGCUCGCAGCUUCACCAACCCCGAGACCAUCUCGUGGGGCAUGCCCUUCUACCCUCAGGUUGACGACAUGAAUACUUCGCUGCUCUGUUCGCCCGUUGCCUUUGCCGAGGAUGACGAGUUUGACUUUUCUUCCCGCCGUGCCUCCACCUGCAACCUCGAUGACACGGCCAUUGAAAAGUUCGGCUUCCCGACGUAUCGCCAGAUGCCAUCAUACAUCCAGGCGCCGACUCCUGCACCUGUUCAGCAGCAGCAGCAGCAGCAGCCAGUGGAUACGUUCAACUUUUCUUCCUACACGCCUCGGGCCCCCUCCCCUCUGAGUGUGUCGUCAACACCCGACCCUGUGGCCACGACGACUCUUCACGAGUACCUCACCGCUUCCAACCCGGCGCCCUCCCUGGUCCGCACCGUUUCCUUCCCCAUGCGCGACCCCCAAGCCAAGAACUUCUGGUGGGACGUUCGUCAAGUCCGCCCUUGGUCGUCCUUUAACUUGGAGACUAUCCUUUCUCUGCCUGGCGCGGCGACACUUCUUCAUUGCCCCAUUCCCGCGCCCCUGCUGCCCAUGCCGGCUGCUUCUGCCCGCCACCCUGAGACGGAGUCGGCGCUUCACGCCAUCUACGCAGCUCACUACCUGCCCCGCCUCAACGCGGCGCUCGCCCUCUCCUCGACGACGCCUCUGAGCCUAUCUCUGGCCCCCAAGACGUCAGCGACCAGCCCCAACGCAGAGCCACUUUUCCUCGCGACGUGCUCCACAGACGCCACCUCCGCCGCGGCCAUCUUUGGCGGCAACCCCACCGCCCGCGCCGUCGGUCUCGUCCGGGCGUUCGACCGCUUCAACACGGGCAUGCGCUCUGCCGGUCCCGUCGCCCGCGUCGAGUACCUCCGCGGCCUCGCCGCCAUCCACCACGCCAUGCGCGCUCACGGCACCCGCUACGGCUUCAUCAUGACCGAAAUUGAGCUCGUCAUCGUGCGUAACGGCAACGAGCGCACGCCCCACUUUGGCUUCCUCGAGGUCUGUGCCGUGCCCCUCGCCGGCGGUGAUGGCGAGAGUGAGCUGACGGCCUGCCUCGCGCUCUGGGGCCUUUGCGUCAUGGCUGGUGAUGCUGCCGGUGCUUGGAAGGCUGAAAUUGGGGCUCCGGCCGAGGGCACGAGACGCAAGGCCCUUGCGAGGGACUCGUGGAUGCCGACGCCGCAGCUGGCAGAGAAGAGAGAGGCCAAGAGGGCGAGGGGAUGGGUCUGGCCUGAGGAUGCUGUGGGCAGGAAGGAACUGGGCAAGAGGGGUGUUCGUUACGGAGGUGUUUAG